CGACGAAAACGAACACCAAUAAACAAAUAAAUGCUGCCACCGAUUCGGGUCAGCCCACGCCAUCGCUCAUCAAUCUGCCUGCCAGUGCCAGGUUGCCUAAAUGCAAUUGCAUUACGUGUCCCCGCCUCAGUCGACUCACCUUUUCCACUGUUAAAAUACUCAUCGAACGAUCCAUGAAUCUUUCCUGGAAUUCCGUGCGCCACGACGCUGAACAACGGAGCGGAGUAGGAAAUUCAUACCCGAGAUCCUCCGCGCCUGCCCGCCCUGAUCGGAGUGCCGUCGCUGGAUUUAUUCGAAUCGGGUUUAAAUCCAAUUGGUGAGUCCAAUGGUGUCUGCCGCGAGUGAGAGCGAGAGUGUGAGGAACCGGAAGUUGUUGCUAGGGAUUGGGUUUUGGGUGCAGGGAUUGCGGUGCUUUCCAUGGAUGGGCGUCAAUUUCUUCCUCAAGGACGGGAUGCGAGUGGACCCUUCCACUCUGCAGAUCAUUCAGAACUCCUCCAAUUUGCCGAUGGUGGCGAAGCCGUUGUACGGCAUACUCUCUGAUUCGGUCUACAUCGCCGGCCAGCACCGCGUCCCCUACGUAGCUCUUGGAGCACUUGUGCAGGCAGUUUCGUGGAUAGCUUUGGCAUUUUCUGCUACAUCUGGCGCAUCAUUUUUAUCUGUCACGUUUUAUCUUCUCCUUGGGAACUUGGGGGCAUCUAUAGUGGAGGUUGCUAACGAUGCCAUGGUUGCCGAGACUGCAAAGCAACCUAGUUCUUCCAAGAACUCCAAAUCAUCUUCCUCCGGUGCACUGCAGUCUUUUGUUUGGAUGGCCUCGUCGAUUGGUGGAGUUUUGGGAAAUCUGUUUGGGGGAAUCGCCAUUGAUAAAUACUCCCCGCAGAUGAUGUUCUUCGCCUUUGGAAUUAUUCUUUGUUUCCAGUUCUUGAUCACGCUGCUCAUCCGCGAGAGCUCUCUAAACCUACCCCGAAGUCCACCCAACACGGGCUUUAAGAAACAAUUGUCGGAGCUGUUUUCCGCGCUUAAGAAACCAGAAAUUCUUCACUCGAUAUCGUGGUUUUCUCUGUCUUAUGCUAUUAUCCCGGCGCUCACGGGUACCAUGUUCUACUACCAAACUCAAAGCCUGAAGAUCGAAUCCGCAAUCCUCGGGAUAUCUAAGGUGUUUGGGCAAGCAGCUAUGCUCCUAUGGGGCGUCGUUUACAACCGCCAUCUCAAGUUGAUCUCGUCGAGGAAAUUAAUAUCCGCGGUUCAACUCUCCAUGGUUGUGUUGAUGCUAUCGGAUUAUCUCUUUGUGAAGGGCAUCUAUCAGGCAAUCGGCCUCCCCGAGUACAUAUACGUGGUGAUUUUUUCCGGCCUGCUUGAGGUACUCUACUUCUUCAAGAUUCUUCCAUUUAGCGUAUUGAUGGCGCAGCUUUGCCCACCCGGCUGCGAAGGAGCAGUCAUGGCUUUUGUCAUGUCGGCAAUCGCCCUGGCAUUUAUAGUAAGUGGCUACCUCGGCGUUGCUCUAGCUUCUUAUGUCGGGGUGAGCGGAGAAGAUUUCUCCGGCCUGCCGCGGGGCCUCUUGAUCCAGGCAGCGUGCACGCUUUUGCCGGUUUUCUGGGCAUCGUACAUUCCGGAAGACGUCAAAGGGAAAGCCAAGAAGGAGAAUUAG